AUUAUUCCAAUAUAAUUAAAAGUUGGGAUUAUUCUACAUAAAUUAGACAAAGUUGGGAUUAUUAUUUCUAAUUUUUCCAAUAAAAAAUCGGUAAUCCGACUUUAUAAUUUUUUUUUUUUUUUUUUUUUUUUGAAACAAAUCCGGCUUUAUAAGUUAAAUCGGAUAUGUGUUGCAUUAUGAUUAAUUCGAUUUUUUGUAAAAAAAUUUAGCAUAAAAAUGAUCUUAAUUUUUUAUUUUUUAUUAUUAAAAACAGAAAUCCCCUCCACCUCCCCACUGACCCUUGACCCUUCCUGUUCAAUGUUUUUUCAUUCAUUUUUUUUCCUCUCGUGAGCUUUUCACUUUAACGCUGCACAAAUUUCUCUCUCUCCAUUACAGCGUAUUCUUAGCUUUCUCUCCUCCAUUGAAGUUGGUUCUAAGGUAUGAUGUUGUUCUAUCUUUUCUUAAUAAUCGAAUAUCAAUUUAACAAUUAAGAAUUCAUCUUUAAUUUAAAUUUCAGUACAAUCAAAUUAGGGUUCUUCUAAUGUGGAUUAUUGAACUAUUGACUAUUAUUAUUGAAAUCAAGUCAGGAAAUAACGAGCAAUUUUUGUUGACAUUCUUAAGCAAGAAGAAUGUAUCUAUGUUUGUAGCUUGAUUAGAUAAUGGAGUCAAUUUUGGUUGUUAGGCAAUGUUAAGUUGUAAGUAUGAAAUUGAACAUUUUCUCGUUUGGACAAUUUAAUUUAUAGAUGCAAAAACAAUUUUUGAAUAUGUAAAAUCAUACAGAGAAAUUUCGAUCAAAUGUUAAUUAGGACUCUGAUUUGUAUCCACUUUUGGUCAUAUAGUUUUAAGCAUCUUGCAUUUGAUACUGGUAUGUAGGAGACGAGACUCGGACUAGUAUCAAUGCAAUGUGUGCUAUAGUCAAAUAAAUGGAAUGCUCUCUAUGUGGGAACAAUGUAUCCGCGAUCUCAGAUUUAAUCACGGUGUUGUAAAUAUAUAUCGGGUUGAUUUUUUGUUGAUCAUGCAUUGCCUCUUAAUACUAAUAUGACCCGAGCAGCCAGUGAAACAUAUUACUGUGAGUACCAAGCCUAGGACAUACUUCCUCCAUCUCUUUAUAUUUGCAACACUAUGACUUAUACACUAUUUACAUACACUACUUUGACUAAAUCUGAUGAUAUUCUUCAGGAAAUAUAUAAUCAUGUAAAAAUCUUGUUACAUUUGCUUCAAUUUAUUAUUUUUAUAUAUUGAUUAUUAAGGAUGUUAGUAAUUAAAAUGAUGCAUCAAUAAGCAUGAAAUGAGAUAUGUUAGUAAAAAGAUUGAAACAUCAAAAGUAUAUUUUUAGCUUAAAUAGCGGGAAAUAUAAUUCAUUUCAAGAGGAAACUUAACUCCAACAUCUUCAAUAAAAUAUUUGAAUUUAGAUGUAGACUUCCAUAGGCCUGGGAGGAAUUGAGAGAUGAUUGUAUGAAGUUGCUUCAAAAAUCAAAUUUUGCCUAUAUGAUAUCCUUUUGAUGGUAUUUGAUUAGAAGUUGAAGCUACUGAGUAGUUUAAGGAUAACGUGCACCACCGGUCUUGUACCUCUUACGACUGCCUUCAUUUGUACUUGGUUUGAGGGUAAGAUUGUGAUUACUUUAUUUUAGUUCAGGUUCUUUCUCUCUUGUUUAUCUUGACACAAACUACAGGCUGUCCUUCUCAACACAAGUAUUUCACUCGUGGAAUUGGCUUUGAUACUUGUAUUGAUGAAUGUUCAGUCAUUUAGAGUUUGUAGAAAAUUUGGAAAGCUAAUUUGAACUUACUCCAACAAGAUUUUUGUCCCAUGCAGCAUCCAUGGGGAUUAAUUUUCAAUCAGUGCUCAUAUUCUCAACCAUUUUACGGGUACUAUUGAUCCUCUAUGGAGAUUGGCAAGACUCCCAUAUGGAAGUUAGAUACACUGAUGUUGAUUAUCUUGUAUUUUCUGAUGCUGCUACUUUGAUGUCUUUUGGGGAGUCUCCUUUCAAAAGGACCACGUAUCGUUAUUCACCAUUGCUUGCCUUUCUACUCAUACCAAAUGCGGUUUUUCAUCACUCUUGGGGGAAAUAUCUAUUCUCAGCUGCAGAUCUGCUAGUUGGAUACUUAAUUCGUUCCAUUUUGAAGCUACGUGGAGUACCAGAGAAAAUAUGCACUUACUGCAUGAUGGCAUGGCUUUUCAAUCCAUUUACCUUCACCAUUGGAACUCGUGGAAAUUGUGAACCUCUUGUUUGUGCAGUAAUCUUGUGGAUCAUUACCUGUAUUAUGAGGGGGAAGGUCUACCAAGCUGCAAUAUGGUAUGGACUUAUUGUCCACUUCCGAAUAUAUCCUAUUAUAUAUGCACUUCCCAUAAUAUUAGUUCUUGAUCCACGAGUCAUCCAAUCUGGUCAGAAGCCCACGCUUGUGAACUGGAGCUCUGAUCAAGAAAAAUCACCUCAACGCUUAAAUGAUACAGACCUGAAGUCUUUGUGGACUGUACUUGUGAGCUUUUUUUCAGGCACUAGGAUCCUGUUUGGAUUGAUAUCAGGUGCUGUCUUCUUUGGUUUCACGGGUCUCUUUUAUUAUUUAUAUGGGUGGGAAUUUCUACAUGAGGCAUUGCUUUACCAUCUCACACGAACUGAUCCUAGGCACAAUUUCUCUAUAUAUUUCUACCACAUAUACCUUCAUUAUGAGCAUGAGCUCUCAAUACUUGAAAAGCUCGUCUCUUUCCUACCACAGUUUACCGUUCAGCUGCUUCUUAUGUUCAAAUAUGCCCUCGAUCUUCCCUUCUGCUUUCUUGUACAGACAGUGGCAUUUGUAGCAUUCAAUAAGGUAAUUACGGCACAGUAUUUUGUGUGGUUCUUUUCCUUGAUACCAGUGGUAUUGCCAUGGAGUAAAAUGAAAAUGAAAUGGGAAGGACUCUCCUGUAUAGUAAUUUGGAUGGGGACUCAACUUCACUGGCUGAUGUGGGGUUACUUAUUGGAAUUCAAGGGCAAGAAUGUGUUCUUACCUCUUUGGAUUGCAAGCCUAUUAUUCUUAGCUGCUAACUGUUACGUUCUCAUUGUUAUAAUUUGCUGUCAUAGAUACUCUCCCAUAUUUCAACAUCUUAGCACAACCUCAAGAGACUCAAAAGGGCGUCUAAAAGUCAAGUAAGCAAUUAGAGCUUUGAGACAUUUAGAUUUCAGGUCUUGCGAUGGUGAUGAAGUGGAGAUGCAACUUUUUGGACAACUCGAACUAAACCAGCUUUUGGAAGAUUUCAAAAUGAAGAUGUUGCCCCUAAUUUAGCACUAAUUAGAUUUAUGAAUGUAGGUUUUGUGUAAUUAUGGUAGGUUUUGAACUGUCUUAGUGCUAAGUUUUAGAAAUUUAAGGUGAAAUGUAUUCAUUAGGAGGGAGUAGAAAAUGUUGAUGUACUGAAUAUAUGAUGUGCUGGGUGUGUUUUAAACAAUUUAUACCAACAUUUGCUUGGGAAAAAGUAAGUGGUGGGAAAAAAUUUGUAGUGGAAAACUAAGUUUUUAAAUUUUGGUGAAAAUUUGGGAGGAAAAAGUACACCCUCCCAAAAUCAGU